UAAUUUUAUUGCCGAUGUUGCCAAACGUUCCAAUAUUAACAUGUUUAAACAAUGGUUAGUUUUUAUAACUAAACCGUUACUGUAGAAACCAGUCAUUUGUGAUAUAUACAGGUGAAAAAUAAUAAAAAAAAAACUAUGGAGCAGUUAAUUAAUGGGGUUACAUUUAAUUUAAUUUUCAUGAUUCAGGCAAGUCAAGUGCUCCAUGGCAAACAAAAAAAAACAAAUGAAUACAAGAGACACCAGGCCCGGCGGCCAUUUUGUUGUACGGAAAACCCGAUAAGACCUGAACUGAAGAAAAAUUAUUUUCAUUUUAAUAUUACAAUGGAUUCGAAUAAAGAAAAUAGGGCAAAACUGGUAUUUGAUACCUCAGAAGACAUUGAAGUGUUAAGAAAACGACAAAACCAAAUAAAGGCACAAGAAAUGUUUGAAAACUCGAUAAAUUUUCUAAGCAUGAUGUCAAAGACUUUGGCGGAAGUGAACUACAGUGCUAAAAUAUAUACCAUUGAUCCCGAAGUGUUCUUGCAGAACGUCCUGCAAGGUCUUCAGAACAGUAACGAGAAUCCGAUAAUGGAUUUAAACGGGUGCGUGUUGAAAAUUUUGUGCACUUCCCUACACUAUUACAUCUGCGCUAUCCAAGAAGACGGAGCUAAUUUUAAGUAUCUCAAUAAGGCCUGGGAGAAUUUGAGCGAAAGCAUUUUUAUAUUCGUCUCCAGUCCAAUAUUGUUGCAAACCGGCGCUUUCAAGAAUAUCGUCUUUUACUGGAUCAGUGAUUUGUUGAAAAUUAUUACUGAAGCGGACGGCGAACCUAAGAAAAAUCCCAAAUAUCUAACUUUGUUUAAUCUGAUCCAGAAGAUCCUAGUGGCCCUUUCCAGUUUCGAUCCGUUCUUCGAGCACCUGAUCCGGGAAAUCAUAAAAAAGUUCGAAUGUACGUUGUCUUUUUGCAAAAUUAAUCCGAAGUUUGCCGAAUGCAUUCGAGACAAUAAUACGACAAUUCUAUAUUUGUUGCUUAUCAUGAAACGGGCAUUCGGAGACGCGGUUAUACGCGAAUACGCCGUGUCCAACGAGGCUUCACUUAAAUACAAGGAGGUACUGGAGACUUUAAUUCGAUUUUUCGAGGAAGGCAAGUGUUGUUCCGCCCUCAUCGAUUUGGUUAAUCACAUUUUAAAAUAUUUUUAAUUUGUUUUCUGUCAAUUGAAACUCUGAAUUUCAAUAAAUAAACAUUAUAUUAUAAUUAUUGUUAAAAAUAACCUAUAAAAUUUUAUAUAAUAUAUCGAUAAUAAUCAA